UGUUUUGUUUUAGAUGUCAUUAUAUGUCGAAAGGUUUUUCUUGCAGAUAUAAAAAGGCACAUGCUUUGUACCGUGUUGGUGUAUGUGCAGAUGUCAAAGUGCCAGUUAAUGCUUUCUUAAUUUAAAAUAUAAGGAAUCAGUUCUUGUUGCAGCAUAUUAGUGAUCUUAUUUCCAAGAAUGUGGAGAACUGUCUGUAGAUCUUCAAAUGCAAUCAGAAGCCACAGGUUUUUGGACCUACUAACCUUGCCAACUUUUAGGGGCACAGAUCAUGCACCUUACCACUCUACCAAAACCCUCCUCAAACCAAAAGACACUGGUUUUAAAGCUGAACGGGUCAGACGUAGUACCUUGAGGUCAUCUGGCCAAGGUUCAAGGUUCGCCCAUCCUGCCUCGAAGACAUCAGGACCUGAGAUCAGAUCUGAAACUGAAGGCAGAGUCUCAUCAGAGCUCCAGAAGCUCAGCUUGGAAGACCUUGGAAAGCCAGAUCCCAAAUUGCAGAAACUUAAUAAGAAAUCCCAGAAGCAAAGAGAUAUGAAUACCAGUCUCAGCAGUCUCACUCAUACAGAGAUGGUGUUUGGGGUGACCCCUUGUCUACUUGCCUUGGCGCAGGGUAGACGAAAGCCCGCUCGCCUCUUCGUGAAGCGCUCGGAAGGCCGUCAGAGGGAAUCCAUUGAAAGAGUUUGCGAGGAGGCAGUUAAGCACGGUGUUCCUAUCCAGCACGUUACCAAGAAAGAGUUGGAGAACAUGACCAAUGGUGCGGUCCAUCAAGGUCUGUGCCUUCAGGCCAGUCCACUAGGCUUUGUCACCAAGGAGAGGUUAAACAGUCAGCAGAGAAAUAAGGGCAGCAGAAAUUCAUGUCCAUUGUGGCUUGUUUUGGAUGGUGUGCAAGAUCCAAUGAACUUUGGGUCCAUCCUGCGUUCAGCGUAUUUUCUUGGAGUGGACCAAGUGGCGAGUAGCAUUCGCAACAGCUGUCCAUUAUCCCCUGUAGUGAGCAAAGCCAGUUCUGGUGUGAUGGAGCUGAUGGAAGUUCAUGGUUACCACAAUUUAGCUGAAAUGUUAAAGGUGAAACUCAGACAGGGAUGGCAGGCGAUUGGCACUGUUGGAUGUGAGGAGGCCGGCCCUGGAGCUUCUGUCGUUCCAUGUUCUGAUUUCAGGAUGUCCAAACCCACCCUGCUCCUGAUGGGUGGUGAAGGUUCUGGUCUGAGUCCUGAGCUGCGUGAGCUGUGUGACGUUUUUCUAACCGUCCCUGCCAGAAGUGACCUCCACCCUGCCGUGGACUCGCUCAACGUCUCGGUGGCGACAGGAAUCCUCCUGCAUUCUCUGCUUUGUGGAAGAACAUGAUGAUGAUGAUGGUUUAUUUACUCGCACCGUGUCCCAUUUGCUCCCCGCGGUGCUUAAUGACUGGAUUAGAUCAUCAAUUAGCCAUCAGCUAAUUGACCCGCGAGAGAGCAUCGAUCCGAAGUUCGGCGACGCUUAGACUUUUCUUUGAAGAAUGAACAGAUGAGGAAAUGUUGGAGGCGUCGCUGCCGCAGAGAGAACAAAUGAUGCAGUUUUAAAGUUUGCUAAUUAAACAAUACGACUAAGGACUAAGAAGUUUGUAGGGAUUUUAUAGAGCAAGAGAGGGAAGUUCCAAUAGUAGCCUUUCCACAUCCUAUGUCAACGGACAGAAACCUUUGGUAUUCAGAACGGACUGAUGAAAGUUGUUGAAAAUAAAUAAACAUUAAAAAAAUAA